UAAAUACAUUUGCUUAUUUUUAAGGUUAUAUUUUUAAUCACGAAAUACUCAUUUCUUAAAAAUAAUAAUAAUAAUAAAUGAGAUCAACUGCAAAUAUAGCCUUGUAUAACAAUUAUUUGGAAUGAGAAAAAUGUAAACAUAAAACUGACCUAACCUAAACAGAAUCUCGGAAAGAUCGGUGCUAAUGACCUCAAAGUGCUACGUGGAUGUUUCACCUGCCUUAAUGACAUAUUUUUCAAAAAUGUGUGUGCCUUUACCGUUUCUUUGAAAUAAAUGGAAAGUUUACGCAACAGGAAACAUAAAGAUAAGUUGAUUGAUCAAUACAGCGACAAUGAGAAAAAAAGUGCACAAAAAGAGAAAAUUCAGGACAAUCCCAGUGAAAAAUGUAAGAAACCAAACGGCAAUACUCUCAAUUAUUUAAACAAUGAAGAAAAAGAGGUAUCAUACUCGGUUAAAACGGCCAAAUUUUUGCGAAUAAACUUUGAAAUUGAUUUAAUCUCAAUAGGGUUAUUUUUGUGUGGUUUACUGACUCGAAUGUACAGACUGGAAGAACCCAAAAACAUUGUAUUUGAUGAGUUACAUUAUGGUAAAUAUGUGUCUCUCUACAUGAAAAACAUAUUUUUCUUUGAUUCUCACCCCCCAUUGGGGAAACAGUUAAUAGCAGCAGUGGCCUACUUGGCCGGUUUUGACGGAAAAUUCAAAUUCGAUAAAAUAGGAAGUCCAUAUCCUGAGACAAUCCCAUUGUUUGCUCUACGUUUUGUCCCUGCAUUUUUUGGAAGUUUGAUAAUACCGACAUCUUAUCAUUUGAUGCUAGAGUUGGGGUUAACACAAUGGACUUCGUUGUUGGCAGCAGUAUUACUCUUAUUAGAUAACGCUUUGUUGACCCAAAGUCGGUUUAUUUUAAUGGAGUCAAUGUUACUCUUUUUUGCCUUAUUUGGCAUUUUUUGCAUUUUAAAAUUUCGCCAAUACUACUCAAAUCCGUAUUGCAUUUUUUGGUUUUUGUGGCUCGGCCUCGGGUUUAUUUCACUGACUUGCGCUUUGUCUGUGAAAUAUGUUGGGUUUUAUUCGUUUUGUUUGGGGAUUGCGAUCCUCGGUCGUGACUUUUGGAAAAUGUUGUCUUCCUCCACUCUUACAGAUAGGGCCCUUUUUAUACGAUUUGUUGUCCAAACGGUCGUCACGACUUCAUUUUCUCUUUUAAUUUACUUGUCUGUUUUUUACAUUCAUUUGAAAGUAUUGUACAAAGCGGGACCACAUGAUAGUAUUAUGACCAGUGCGUUUCAAGCCUCCCUUGACGGUGGUUUGGCUUCCAUCACCAAAGGACAGCCCCUUUUGGUGGCACACGGAUCGCAGAUUACUCUAAGGCACACCCAUGGGAGGACGUGCUGGUUACAUUCCCACAAUCACGUUUAUCCAAUCAGAUAUCCCGACAAAAGAGGAUCUAGUCAUCAACAACAAGUCACCUGUUAUUCGUUCAAGGAUGUUAAUAACUGGUGGAUUGUUAAGAGGCCAAAUAAAAACGACCUUGUUGUCGAACAACCCAUAGAUGUAAUAAAGCAUGGAGAUGUCAUCCAGUUAGUUCAUGGUAUAACAAGCCGUGCCUUAAAUUCCCACGAUGUGGCCGCCCCUGUGUCCCCGCAAUGUCAGGAAGUUUCCUGUUACAUCGACUACAACGUCUCAAUGCCUGCACAAAAUCUCUGGAGGGUCGAAAUUUUAAACCGGGAUCAAAACGGAGACAACUGGCAUACUAUACAAUCAUUGAUAAGACUGAUACAUGUUGAUACAAACACAGCUCUCAAAUUCACUGGACGACAACUCCCAGAUUGGGGCUUCCAUCAGCAUGAAGUUGCAGCUGACAGGAUUAUCAAUCAAGACGACACUGUAUGGAACGUCGAGGAGCACCGCUACACAAAAUCCGAUGAUCAAAAAGAACGCGAACGUGAACUCGUCACCGCUGAAAUGAUCCCAACAGCAGCAACUUCGCUAACAUUCUGGGAGAAAUUCUUCGAAUUGCAUUACAAAAUGCUGUUUUCGGGGACUGAAAGCGUGCAAAAUCAUAUGUACAGUUCGGAACCUCUGGAAUGGCCGUUGAUGGCUCGGGGGAUCGCUUAUUGGGUCUCGUCGACAAGCAACGCUCAAAUACAUCUCAUUGGAAAUCUCUUACUUUGGUACUCCGGAACCGCCGGCCUUGCCACCUACUUUACUUUACUUGUCUUCUAUCUUCUUCGUCGCCGGAGACAUUGUUACGAUCUUGAUGAGAAAAAAUGGGAACAAUUUCAAUUAAUUGGAGAGUUAUUUUUCACAGGGUAUUUGUUUCAUUAUUUACCAUAUUUUUUUGUUGAGCGGACGCUCUUUUUACACCAUUAUUUGCCGGCAUUUACGUUCAAAACCUUGUUAUUGGCUGCCUUGAUCGAACACGUUUAUUUAACAAUUAGUGAUAUUUUUAAAAUCAGAGUUAUAAAGUAUAUUUUUAUAGUACUUAUAUUUUUAUGGAUUUGUUGCAUAUUUUACGUUUUUACCAAAUUUACCGUAUUGUGUUAUGGUACAACUCCUUUAACUACAAAUGAUAUUAUUGAUUUAAGAUGGAAAGACACUUGGGAUUUUAUAGUUCAUAAAAACUAACAUUAGCGAUUUGUUAUUCCAUGACUAGAUUAGAAAUUUUAUAUUUUUUAAAAUUGAUACUCAUAUUUAUAUUGAAAAAAAUAAUCAUUUUUUAUAUAUUUUAUUAUGAACUGAAUAAAUGUAUUUACUUG